AUGGACAAGUUCCGAAUGAUCUUCCAGUUCCUCCAGUCCAAUCAGGAAUCUUUCAUGAAUGGCAUCUGUGGGAUCAUGGCCCUGGCCAGCGCCCAGAUGUACUCAGCCUUCGAUUUCAACUGCCCCUGCCUGCCGAGUUACAACCUGGCAUAUGGCCUGGGCAUCCUGUUCGUGCCCCCCCUGGUCUUGUUCCUCCUGGGCUUUGUGAUGAACAACAACGUGUCUGUGCUGGCAGAGGAGUGGAAGAGGCCCACGGGCAUGCGGCAGAAGGACCCGGCUGUCCUGCGCUACAUGUUCUGCUCCAUGGCCCAGCGGGCCAUGAUCGCACCCGCUGUCUGGAUCUCCGUGACGCUGCUGGACGGGAAGUGCUUCAUGUGCGCGUUCAGCACCUCGGUGCCAGUGGAGAAGCUGGGGAACGGGAGCUACACGGGCCUGUCAGAGAAGGAGGUGAGGAGGAUACUGGCCCGCAUCCCCUGCAAAGAGAUCUACAACGGGCAGGAGCUUGUGGCCAGGGAGGUGGUGGUGAGAUACCUGCGCUGCAUCUCACAGGCUCUGGGCUGGUCCUUUGUGCUGCUGGUGACCAUGGUGGCUUUCCUUGUCAGGGCCCUCCGGCCCUGCUUCACUCAAGCUGCCUUCCUGAAGAGCAAGUAUUGGUCCCACUACAUAGACAUUGAGCGCAAGCUGUUCGACGAGACUUGCACGGAGCACGCCAAGACCUUCGCCAAGGUCUGCAUCCAGCAGUUCUUUGAGGCCAUGAACAAGGACAUGGGCCUGGGGCACACCCACUCCCCUGAGGUGGCUCCCUCAGAAGUGGGGGAAGAGAAAGAGAAGCUACUGGGCAUCACAGACCAGGGGACUAUGAACAAGCUCCUGAAGAGCUGGCACAAAUGCAAGCCGCCUCUGUGCCUCCAUCAGGAGGUGUUACAGAAUGGGAACAGCUGGGUGGAGGAAAAUCAGCACCACAAUCACAUCAGUCUGCCCAAGAGGGAGAUUGUCACCUACUAUAGUAAAGUGUGA